CUUUAUUUUCAAUUGCACACUCGACCAGCGCGCUUCGUUCUGUCGUGCUGUCUCUCUGCUGUUUUCUGUUCUCUCCGCUGUUUUUUCCGCUCAACUCGCACUAGCGACAAUAAACGCGCGCGCGUUUCUCAAGUGCAAAAAAUAAAAUAAUUAACAAAAAAAUUUAAUAAAAACAACCCCCCCUUUUUAUUCGCGCAAGUGUUCUUUUGGAAGUGUUCACAAUGACAUCUGGCAUCAGGCCCAUUGAUGUUUUGCUUCAGCGUGCCGGUGUGCGUGGCCACCAGCGUGUGCCCUCCGACUCGAAGGAGUUCCAUGAGGUGACCAAGCGGGAUGCCCUGCGGCUGCUGGAGAACGAUGUGGACCGUCUGCUGCAGACAACGGAGCAGGUGCGUCGACCAGCCUUACAGGCGGAGAUGGGUCGCUUUGCGGAUCUCUUUGGACGCUUCCUGCAGGAGGAGGGUCCCGCUUUGGACUGGAACAAGAUCCAGAAGCUGCCAGAGAAUGCUGUGAUGAACUAUUCGAACCUCAAGUCGCCAAAGAAUGAGCAGAAGAAUGAGAUACGCAAUAUGCUGGACAAAUUGGUGGUCAUUAAGCUGAACGGCGGUCUGGGCACCUCCAUGGGCUGCCAUGGGCCCAAGAGUGUCAUUCCUGUGCGUUCCGAUUUGACAUUCUUGGACCUGACAGUGCAGCAGAUCGAGCAUCUGAACAAGACCUACGAUGCCAAUGUGCCGCUGGUGCUGAUGAAUUCGUUCAACACCGAUGAGGAUACGGAGAAGAUUGUGCGCAAAUACAAGGGCUUCCGCGUGCAGAUACACACCUUCAAUCAGAGCUGCUUUCCGCGCAUCAGUCGCGAGCAUUUUCUGCCCGUGGCCAAGGACUUUGAUGUGGAAAAGGAUAUGGAGGCUUGGUACCCACCUGGUCACGGUGACUUUUAUGAUACUUUCCGCCACUCUGGGCUGCUGAAGAAGUUCAUCGAGGAGGGACGCGAAUACUGUUUCCUCUCGAACAUUGACAAUCUGGGCGCCACCGUGGAUCUGAAUAUACUCAAUAAGCUGGUGGGCGAGGAGCGGGCCAGCACCCCCGUGGAAUUUGUCAUGGAAGUAACCGACAAGACACGCGCUGAUGUCAAGGGUGGCACUCUCAUUCAGUUUGAGAACAAGCUGCGGCUGCUGGAAAUUGCCCAAGUGCCGCCAGAGCAUGUGGAUGACUUUAAGUCGGUGAAGACCUUCAAGUUCUUCAACACCAACAACAUUUGGGCCAAUCUUUCAUCCAUCGAGCGUGUCUUGCGGGAGCGCACCUUGAGCAUGGAGAUCAUUGUGAACAACAAGACGCUGGAGACGGGUCUGCGUGUCAUUCAACUGGAGACGGCUGUGGGUUCGGCCAUGAAGUGCUUUGAUGGCGCCAUUGGCAUCAAUGUACCGCGGUCGCGCUUCUUGCCCGUGAAGAAAUCCUCCGAUCUGCUGCUGGUCAUGUCCAAUCUGUAUACGCUGAAGUACGGCAGCCUGGUGAUGUCGCCGCAGCGCAUGUUCCCCACCACGCCGCUGGUUAAGCUCGGCGAGAAUCACUUUUCCAAGGUUAAGGAGUUUCUGGGUCGCUUUGCCAACAUACCCGACAUUAUUGAGCUGGAUCACUUGACGGUCAGUGGAGAUGUGACCUUUGGCCGUGGCGUUUCAUUGAGGGGCACUGUGAUUAUCAUUGCCAAUCAUGGCGAUCGUAUUGAUAUACCUGCUGGGGCCAUACUCGAGAAUAAAAUUGUCUCUGGCAAUAUGCGCAUCCUGGACCAUUAAUCCAGCCCCCCAACUGGAAUCUAUAACCUGGCAUUGGUAGUGCAAUUGGAUGCUGUUCUGUCUCAUUAUAUUAUGUAGUGUAAUUGUCUAAGUUUUAUGUAGUAGUAGCCAGAAGCCAACCAGGAGGAGGAGGAGGAGUGUUUGCCCCCAAAAAAUGUUUCAAAUUUACGAAUCACGAAUUUCAUUUGUUAGCCACAAAAUGUUGUGCAAGCACAAACUGUCUGCCGCCCGUCAAUCGUUCUGUAUAUUCUGUAU